AAACUCAGGCAGGCGUAGACUUGACUCCAAACCAUUUAUCUAUACAGAGAAAACUGCUCUUCCAUCAAAACUGAAAACUCAUUAGAAGAAAAAGAAAAAAUGGAAAUCUGGAGAUUGGUCAUAGUGGCCAUUAGCUUUUCUUCUCUACUAAGCCCUGCAAUCUUUGCGGACAACGUCUCAAUUGCACCUGCAGCAGCACCACCUGACGAUGUCUGUGCAGAGAAAAGAUGUAGCCCCGACGGUCCGGCAGUAAGAUUCCCAUUUCUGCUACGAGGAAAGCAGCCUGAAGAGUGUGGCUACAAUAAUCCAGGGUACAAUCUUUAUUGUGACAACGGAAACCAUACCUUACUUGAGUUUCCCCCUUCAUCAAUGAAAUUUGUGGUCAAAAGCAUCAACUAUAAGACUCAAAUGAUCCAAGUCCAGUUUGCUGAAGGUUGCCAACUCAAGUAUCUGAGAAAUCUUGAUUUAUCUUCUACCCCGUUUCAGUUUUCUGCACCAGACUACAUGAUAGAUCGAUAUACUUUGUUCAAUUGCUCAUUGGCAAAUGGUGAUAGUUGGUCUUCCGACGAUGGAUAUGACUUUCGUUGUCUAGACACCCCUGGAUACAAAGCGCGUGCAACGCCUUCUGAUACUGAAAUUCGGUUUUUGUCUGUGGAAUUAUGCACAAAGACGUAUGACACAAAUUUGGUUUCGGGGGAACUAUUUCGAAUGCGAGACUCACUGAACCUGGCCUGGUCCUUGUCUGCAUGCAAAAAAUGUGAGGUACGAGAAGGUGGAAUUUGCAGAUGGAAGAAUGGAACUAACAAUAAAUUUGACUGCUUUGGAGGAAAGAAUCUCGACCCUGGUGUGUCGAAGAAAUUACUCAUUUCAGGUCCAAUCGUGGGGUGUUUCUUUCUCAUAUUAGCGACAAGCGCCCUUUACAAUGUCUAUAAAACAAAGAAAAUAGACAGAGAAAAUCAGAAGAGAAUCAGAACAUUUUUGGAGGACUACGCUGCCAUGAAGCCUACUCGAUAUUCCUAUGCUGAUAUCAAGAGGAUCACAAAUGACUUCAAGGAUAAAUUAGGUGAAGGAGGGUAUGGAAAUGUGUUCAAAGGCAAAAUUUCAAAUGAAAUAUUUGUUGCCGUGAAGCUGCUGCACAAUUCCACAGGAAAUGGGGAAGAGUUUAUCAAUGAAGUUGGAACAAUGGGCACAAUCCACCAUGUAAAUGUUGUCCGCUUGGUAGGCUUCUGUGCUGAUGGAUUCAAAAGAGCUCUUGUUUAUGAAUUUUUGCCAAACGGUUCUCUGGACAAGUUCAUAUUUCCGGAAGGUCAAGAGCAUCAUAACCUUGGAAUGGAGAAGUUACAAAACAUUGCAUUUGGCAUUGCGCCAGGUAUCGAGUACCUUCACCAAGGAUGUGAGCAGAGGAUCCUCCAUUUUGAUAUCAAACCACAUAACAUCUUGCUUGACAACAACUUUAACCCGAAAAUAUCUGAUUUUGGGUUAGCCAAGCUUUGUGAAAAGGGAAGAAGUGCAGUUUCAAUGACUGCUGCAAGAGGAACCAUGGGCUAUAUUGCCCCUGAAGUCUUCUCAAGGCACUUUGGCAAUGUGUCUUACAAAUCAGAUAUCUAUAGUUUUGGGAUGCUGUUGCUUGAAAUGGUUGGACGACGGAAGAACAUUGAUGCCAAUGUGCAAAAUGAAAGAUAA